AUCUAUGGAUCGUAUGGUGACGUAAGCCUACCUAUGAGUGCCUAACCGUGUGUUCAAUGUGUGAAUCCAAUGCAUGUUUUCACCAGAAUUUCGUAUUUUGUUUUCAAUUGUUUUUGAUUUGAAAUUAAAUCCAAACUUUAAAUCAAUGUCGACUGUAGUCACCGCUGGACUCGCGUUGGCUGUCCUCGGCUUCGGAGGACGGGCGUUAUUGAGACGAUCGAAAGGAUUGGGCGAAGCCUUUGCCAAAUCGUUGCCAAAUACCGGUUCCUUUGCCAGCAGUAAGUACUAUAAGGGAGGCUUUGAUCCCAAAAUGAGUCGUCGAGAGGCAGGUCUUGUGCUGGGAAUCAGUCCAUCGGCUAAUAAAGUGAAGGUGAAAGAGGCCCACAAGAGGAUUAUGCUUCUCAACCAUCCCGACAGAGGCGGUUCCCCAUAUUUGGCGGCGAAGAUCAAUGAAGCCAAAGAUCUGCUCGAAUCCAAUAGAUCCGCCUCUAAAUAGAUUGCAGUGUUUGACAAUGAAUUCAAUUGUAAAUAUAGUAUAGU